AUCGUAAUAAAAAUUGACAUAUCAACCUAGCAAUUUGGUUAUUAAAUGUAGCCAAGUAGAAUCACAUCGUAGAUUGAAUUCCAUGUAACAAAUUUUUGUCACAAACUAUUAUUUCUAUUUCGAUAAUUGUUGAUAUAAAAAUUUAGGGUAAAUACAAUAUAUUAGCCACAACUAUUAUGAAGUGGGGAAUUAUAGCCAUAACUAUGGAAAUUCAAAUUAUUAGCCAAACGUUAACUAUUUGUUAACAAUUUCGUUAGUAAUAUUGACUAAACUUUUAUGUUUCAAAGUUAUAAAUCAAAAGCAGUCCGACGUGGCUGUUCCCGUGGCCGAUGAUUCAACCUUCUAAGUUAAAAAUUCAAUAAAAGUAAUGGACAGUUAGCCAUAUCUUGAUCCGCAACAAUAGUUAUGGUUAAUCAUUUGAAUUUUUAUAGUUGUGGCUAUAAUUCCCUGCUUCAUAAUAGUUGUGGAUAAUAUAUUGUGUUUACCCUAAAAUUUAAACAAAGAACGUGAUAAAUAUUUUUUCGUCACAUGAUUUUGCUUUUAAAAUAACCCAAAGAUUUGAAGUCAAGAAGCCACCCCCAGUCCCACAUGUCUUCAUAAAGCUAACCUCCCCAUUUCGUCCUUUCAUCACCUCUAAAUCAUUGGCUUUGAUAAAGAACCAUUCCUGUCAGUUACCUACACAAAUCAUCACCAUCAUCAUCAUGAUCAUGCUACUCUCAGCCUUUCUUUGCCUUAUCAUCAUCCUAGCAAUGGCGUGGCCUCUGGUCGGGGAGCUUCCCUACCUGCUUUGGAACAUAUCCAACCUCCACGACUACGCCACUCAGCGUCUCAAACUACUCGGCGGGACAACGGUCAACAAGUCCCCUAUGUUUCUCAACUCAUGCGACUACAUCGUCACCAGCGAUCCCAUGAACGCCCGUCACAUCCUCAUCAGAAACUUCGCCAACUACGAGAAGGGCGAAGAUCUCAGGAUCAUAAUGGAAGGGACUCUAGGAGAAGGCAUAUUCAAUGCCAAUGGGGAGUCAUGGAAGUUUCAGAGGCAACUCAUUCAUUCCUUGAUAAACAACAAGGAGUUUGGGGAUCUAGUGAUGCAAACCCUGAGGGUGAAGAUGCAAGGCACCCUGUUCCGUGUGCUCGAUGAUUAUGCAUCGGGCAAAAAAAGUGACGAGAUUUUGGACAUGCAGGAUGUGGCAAAAAAUUUGGUGUUCGACAAUAUUUGCUCGCUCGUGUUUGGAUUUGACCCAUGUUCCCUCUCCCAUGUCGGGUCUGAUUCCAAGUUGUUGUCAUCAUCAGAACUUCAUGCCUUGUUGUUGGGGAAAGCAUUUGAUGAAAUUGAAGAGGCAGUUAUAUACCGACAUGUUGUCCCCAUGUGGGUGUGGAAAUUCCAAAAGAGGCUUCAGAUUGGAGUAGAGAAGAAGGUGGCUAAGUACUGCAAGAUUCUGGAUGAGUUCUUGUAUGCAAGCAUCGAGAUGAAGAAGCAAGAGUUAUCGACAUUGGGAAACAAUAUCGAUAAUUCCACUACCGAGAGGCGCGACUUGUUCUCACAUCUUUUGGUGGGGGAAGAGAAGUUCUCAAACAAGUUUCUGAGAGAUGUUGCUAUCAGCUUGAUAGUAGCAGGGAGAGACACGGUGUCCUCUGCUCUAACUUGGUUGUUAUGGCUGGUUGCCACCCACCCAGAUGUCGAGAAAAGAGUUCUUGAAGAAAUCAAACAAGUCAUGACCACAACAACAUCAUCAAGUGGCGGGCUUCUGAGCGAGGAUGAGCUCAACAAACUAAUAUUCCUCCAUGCAACCAUAUGUGAAACAUUAAGGUUGUACCCACCAUUCCCAAUUGAGCACAAAUGCGCCGUGGAGGGAGAUGUCCUCCCUACAGGCCAUUGUGUACGUAAGGGAACAAAGAUAUUGGUCUCUAUAUACUCGAUGGGUAGGAUGGAAGAGAUAUGGGGGAAUAACUGUAUGGAAUUCAAGCCGGAGAGAUGGAUUUCGGAACAAGGGAGCAUAAUCUAUGUUCCGUCAUACAAGUUCAUGGCCUUUAUCUCGGGGCCAAGGACUUGUUUGGGCAAGACUAUGGCUUUUAUGCAACUCAAGUCGAUGGCUAGUGCUAUUCUGUGGAAUUACAAGCUUGAUAUGGUGGAAGAUCACGUCAUGAAACCAACACCAUCUAUGAUAUUGUCGAUGAAGCAUGGGUUGAAGAUGAGAGUUUCCAAGAGGGCAUCGAAUUUGGUGAUAUAGAAAGCUUAUUAUGUUGCUGUCAUUUAUUUUUCGAUGUUGGCUUGCUAUUGUUGUUAUGAUUGGUAUCUCCGGAUGUAAUGUUUUUCUAGUUACUAAUUUUGCGUCUGUAUUAAGAAUUACGUGGCUAUGGAAAAACAGACGCAUAUAAAUUUUUUACCGUAGUUAGUAUUAGCCACGUAACCUUUUCUUGCUCUCGAUCCUAGUUUGGUCACCGGCUAUUGUGACCAUAUCUAUAGCGACCAUAUUGGUGACGCCAAUAUUGGCCGCGCACUUAACAAAAUUAUUAUCAGCCAUUUUUUCUUCGUAAUUAUUAGCCCAAAAUUGUAAACAGCGACUUUUAAGUCGCUUUGGUCAGGUCGAAUUAGGUUGAAUACUUAUGCAUUUGAACUCAAUUGUGAUUCUCAACCAAAAGGAAAAAAAAAUAAAAAAUAAAUACUAAAGUGGAUAAAACUCACUGACGACCCUAAACUCUCAACAUUGCGUUCAACUCGCUCUGACCGGGUCGACCUAGUUUUAACAAAUUCACAAUUUACCU